AUGAUCUCUGCUAUUUUCUUUGCCAUUAUGUCUGCCGUCAUAGCCAGACCUCCACUUGAGAACAUGAAUUACGACCACAAUGUCUCAUUAAUCUAUGAUGGCGAGAAAUUAAUGAAUUUGGAUAGCAUAAAUUCAAUGGAUGGUGUUGACUCUAACAUGGCGAAUUCAUUGAAGAAAGCUAUCACUGACAUGCUGCCAUCGUACGUAGCCGGAAUGCAUCAUCACGACCACAUAGCCAUGGAUGAAAGCCAUAGCGAUGAGGUAUUAUUCAAAAGGAAUGCGAUGGAAGUGCGCUCUUUCUUGGAGUUUUGCCCCACUGGGCUAUGGGAAGAAAGCUAA